AUGGCUGUCGAAGCACGUGGUAAUAUCCCACAUUUCUCCUCCUCCAUGGCCCUCAGCUCAAUUCAGGAGAAUGCGUCCCGUUUGGGUAUGCGAAUUCAAGAGUCGCUCUCUGAACACACCAGAGACUUGGCUCUUGUCGGGCGGUCUGCCAAUGCCUCAUACUUUGAUUCGGCGGAGGACAAGAUCAAGCAGAUUUCCACACAGUUAACAUCGAAUAGCGACCGUGACAAACUAGACGCCAUGAAGCGACUCAUUGCCUUGGUUUCUAAAGGACGAAAUGUCUCCGAGUUCUUCGCACAGGUUGUGCUCAAUGUCGCAUCCCCAAACCUCGAGAUCCGCAAACUUGUGUAUAUCUACUUGAUCAGACACGCCGCUUCUGAGCCAGACCUUACUCUCUUAUCCAUCAACACCUUUCAGAAGGAUCUAGCAGACCCUAAUCCUCUCAUUCGCGCCAUGGCACUACGGGUGCUAAGUGCAAUCGGCGUUCCCAUGACUGGAAACGUUGUCGCAAUGGGCAUCAAGAAAUGUGCAACUGACCCCAGUCCCUAUGUGCGCAAGGCAGCUGCCCUGGCUAUUCCAAAGUGCUAUGCACUGGACGCCUCACUUCACGGCACACUACUAUCGACACUCAAUUUAUUACUGAAGAACCAUACUUCUCUUUCGGUUGGGGCAGUUGCUCGCGCAUUUAGCAUCAUAUGUCCCCAUAAAUUGGAGCUCUUACAUCCACACUACAGAAAGCUGUGCAAAGUGCUUGUUGAUGCUGAUGAAUGGGGACAGGUUGAGUUGUUGGAUCUUUUAGGAAGAUAUGCAAGAACAAUGCUUAGCAGGCCGGUCGAGGGACUAAGGGGCCUUGCUGGAAAGAGUAGUGAAUCUAAAAAUGACGUAGAAAAGUUCCUUGAGGAUACACCCGGCACAUCCUUUGAGGCUCUAGACCCCGAUUUAUUGCUACUCUUGAAAUGCUCCGAGAAUCUACUUCAUUCACGGAACCCUGCGGUUGUCCUAUCCGUUACCCGCAUACAUUGGUACCUUGCCCCAAGUUCUUAUCGGUCAAAAAUACUCAGCCCACUAUUGCGCUUGUUACAUCUAUCUACGGAGAUCGAACGAGUCGUCGUAGAAAACCUGGGCGUUAUCGCUCAGGAACAACCCUCCCUCCUCAAGCCAUACCUCACGCGGUUCUUCGUUCGGGCGUCCGAUUCCCCGCCAGCAAAGAUUUCCAAGCUUCGGAUCCUACUUGCAUUAGUGGAUGCCAGCAAUGUAGGCUCAAUCAUAAACGAGUGCAAGGACUACGCGUACGAUGAAGACGAACGAUUUGGCCGUGCUGCGGCGGACGCGAUUGGGAGGUGUGCCAGGGCUGUACCUGAUGCGAGUGGGCAAUGCGUUGCCGCACUUUUAAGUUUGUCUGAUUCAGGGGACGAUACGGCGGCGACAGCAUCGGUCUUAUCCUUACGAGCCCUAUUGCAAACCCAGUCGAACACUUCGAUUAUCGAAAUUGUUCAGACCCUGGCCCGACAAGUCGAGGACAUCAAGCACCCAGAGGCGAGGGCAUGUGUUGUAUGGCUGGUGGGUCAGUACGCUGGCCUUGUAAAUGAGACUGCGUCAAGGAGUCCUUUUGCGAUUGAGGGAAUCGCCGAAUGGGUGCCUGAUGUGCUAAGGAUUAUGGCAAGAAGAUUCACGACCGAGCUGGAUGCACCCAAGUUGGCGACUCUGACUUUAGCGGCCAAACUCAUCACGCUUAAUCCUCAUGCUCCUAUUCUUCAAAAGCUGGUAUCUUAUGUAUUGGCGCUCGCAAGAUGGGAUACGAGCUACGAUGUGCGCGAUCGUGCGCGAUGGAUCGGCGGCCUUAUUCGAGGAUUCUUGAAGCUGGAAGAGAACCAAGGGGAAGAGGGAGAAGAAGAUGGGGCCGAAGGCGAAUCCGGGGUGGUAUUGAGACCUGAACAAGUGAGAGUGGUGUUAUUUGAAGGAAAGGCCGGAGUCGUGGAUCUACCCCUCUGGAAGGAACAAGAUAGCACAAGAGUCCUUGGAUCGCUGUCUCUUGUAACUGGCAUGCGCGAUUUUACCGGUACUGGUACUGGUCGACCAUUUCCCGAUUGGUGCGAAGAACCCACAGACGGGGAGUUGCGUGAUACAGAGGAUGAUAACAAGCCCGCGCCACCACCCGCACCCACAUUCUUAUCCUCUCGAAAUAUUGGAAGUCAUGGAGUACCAACCCCUAGAUCUGGAGGGCGCACCCCGAUUGUACUCACCCCGACGAACAACUCUGGUCCGAGUACUGAAAAGGGGCUCACAGGACAAGAUUUGGAUGCAUUUUAUGCUGCUACUGGAAGUGGCGAGGAGAGCGAAAGUGAAGAGGAGAGUGAAGAGGAGAGUGAAGAGGAGAGUGAAGAGGGAAGUGAAGAAGAGGGAAGUGAAGAAGAGGGGGGUGAAGAUAAUGAAGACGAGGAUGCGGAAGAUGGAGACGAGGAUGAAGAGGAAGAGGAGGGAGAGAGUGACCAAGACAAAAGCAAGGGGGCACGAAAAUUGAGUGUUCACGGAGACGAUCUCCCGCCAAGGGAAGAAAUUGCAGUCGUUUCUUCGCUUGCCACUAAUCUUGCUGGUGGUCCCAGUGAGGAUGCAGUAUGGGGAUCUAGCCCCCGAUAG